AUGGUGGCGUUACGGUUUUGUGCGAAUUUAAACUUUAUGUUCCUGGAGGCGGGACCCUUCCUGGAGCGGUACCGAGCGGCCAAGCUGGCGGGAUUCUCCGGAGUCGAAGGGCCCUUCCCACCCGAGGACGUUAGCUUGCCAGCGCUGCUGGAGGUGCAGAAGGAAACUGGUUUGAAGCAAAUCCUCAUGAACAUUGCCUUGGGGAAUGCUCCGGAUGGCCAGUUCGGAUGUGCUGCAUUACCGGGGCGGCAAAAGGAGUUCCUGGCUAACUUGGAGCGCACGGUCGAGUAUGCCAAGGCGCUUGGUUGUGGAAAGAUUCACAUAAUGGCUGGAAAAUUGAACGGUCCUGCUACAGAUGACCACGACACCACGUACCUUGCAAACCUGCAAGUGGCCGCUCCCAUUCUGGAACGGAACAACAUCAUCGGUGUCAUCGAGCCGAUCAAUAAGUACGCCAUUCCCGGGUACUAUCUUUCUUGCUACGAUAAGGCCAUCCAAAUGAUCACCGCCGUUGCCAGUCCCAACGUGAAGCUGAUGUACGACAUCUAUCACGCGCAACACAUCCGGGGUGAUAUCACAAACAGCAUCCGGGCACUGGCGACACAUAUCGGGCACGUCCAGCUAGCACAGGUCCCCGGACGUAACGAACCGAACAGCGACGGUGAGCUGAACUUCCGCAACAUCCUGCAAACGCUGGCCACCGACGGUCGGUACGCGGAUGGAUGGGUCGGGUGUGAGUACCGCCCAGUGGCCGGCACCACCGAAGGACUCGGCUGGUUGCGUGACUACGGCUACUGGCAGUGACAUUGGAGUCGCACGUCUGCAUAAUGGAUGUGAGCAAAUACAGAAAGGCCACAAGUCGGGGGGAAACUUUCGGGCCAAGCGUUUCAUUAUUAAACCAUUAGCAUCCUGGUUGUUUAUAUAAAAUAGCCUGUCUUA